GUGAUGCCCGACCUCGAGGAUCCCUUCCUGCCCGUGAACCCAGAGGCCCUGGGCGUUCACCUGCAAGACCCGGAGCAAAAGGCACCUUUUCUCGAGCUGCUGGCCGCCCUGCAGAAAGAGUAUGCGCAGGCCACAAGGCAGCAGGAGCCUGUGUCGCCCUUUGGCAAGGACCAAGACCCUUUCCAUCUACAGGAAGAGACACAGGAUGUAGCGAGCACCGCCGUUUUGCGAACAAGCGUCCAAGCUCUUACGGCCAUGGGCGGAGGCGAUGUUGUACUCUUCCAGGCCACGGUGGCUGAGAGCUGGGUCGGUGAGAGCGACUCCUCGGCCGAAAACGACGACCCGCUCUCACCGAAGACGCCCAAGACGCCGAAGACUCCGAAGACGCCCAUGGGAACGCCCCUGAAGAAGAAGAAGCGCAGUUUCCUGGAGCAGAUGCAUCGCACUUGCUGUCGGACAGGUGUGGCUGUCAGUGCAGUGACGGUUGCCCGCGACGGCUGCGAUGCCACGAAACUCCACUGGCUGCCCUGGCGAACGGGUGGAGAUGUGUUGCAUAUGCCAAGCCUUAGAUCUGGAGCGGGCCAGAACAUGGCCCAGCAUCUGCAGCAUUGGAUGAGGAAGAUGCAAGGCA